AUGGCCAAGGAGUUUGUCAGUACCGGCUAUAGAGUCGUGAUUUUUGAUUCUGCUAGUUCUCGGAUGUUCCCCACUGGCUUGGACUGGGUUAGCCUGUUCCAUAUUGUUGGAUUCUCUCAGAGCGGAUCAAUCGCUGUAGCAUUCGCCGCUUACCACGCACACAUGCUUCGUUCCAUGACCCUCAGCUGUUCCGGAGGACUUAUUCGCAAGUCGCAUAUAGGCCGUCAAAGCCGAUCUCUAUACUUAUCCAGCAUGAUACCAGAGUGGCUGCGUCUGACUCUCCUUCGUAGCAGCUUGGAGCCAAGAGCCGGGCCCGUAAACGCAGACGUCCCCGGUGAUAAUAGUCAUGAUCAUACGGGCCGGUUGAGGCCUUUGACGCUGAUUGCGAAAGUUUGGCCCCGUCACUAUAACCUUGACACAUAUCUGUCUUGA